AGUUUCUAUUGCGUCGUUGCCGGUUUUCUAGAAGAAAUCUCAAUUAAUUCAUUUAAUGAUCUUGAAUUCGUUUUAUCACAUUAAAAAUGGGUAGGAAAUGUGCAAUAUCGGUAUGCAUGUCAGAUUCAACCUGCGAAAAAGACCGCGGUGUUACGUUUCACAAGAUUCCAAUGCACCCGGACAUUCGCCCCAAAUGGAUGUCACUCUGUAAAAUUCCGGAAGACAAGAAGCUAAUGAAAGUGAUCUAUAUCUGUUCGAGGCAUUUCCUUAGUGCUGAUUUCUGUAAUUUUAAAGGAAAGAAGUAUAUGUUGAAACAGGGUGUACUACCGAGUGUAUUCCCUUGGAGUAGUGUUAAAAUCAAAUCGGAACCAAAUCAAUCGAUUGAACCUGAAGUGAAACUUGAGGAGGGCGAGUCGGAACUUGUAAUAUCACAAAAUCAAAAAGACGAGGAGUCAAACAGUGAAAAUACCAUUAUAGAAACAAUUCAGAGUACAAUUAAAGUAAGAAGUCCAUCUAAAAUGAAUUUGAAAAGGGAAGGAAAUUCUACAAAUCAAUCAACCACUAUUGAGCAAAAAGUUAAAACUAUCGAUACAGCAACUGGCCCAUUAACUUUUACACCAAACACUAAAAUUGAAGCUUUAGAUUUUAACCAAACUUGGUGUCCAGCUGUAAUUCUCGAAGUUGAUUAUCAAGAAAAUGAAGUGCUGGUUCAUUUUGAUAAAUAUUCAAAUAAAUAUGAUGAGUGGAUUUGUAUGAGUAGUUCAGGUUUACGUGCUGUGUCUAAUUUGAAUGAAAAAAAAACAUCCUCUGAUGGGUUUGACGUUGGUGAGCGUUGUAUGGCUUCUUGGAAUGAUGCUAGAAAAUUUCCCGCUACAGUUUCAAAAAUUAUUGAUAAAGAUACCUACGAGGUUCAAUUCGACGAUGGUUUUGUAAAAGUAUUGAAAUCUCAUCGAAUGGCUAAAGCGUCGGGAAAAAAUGUUCAAUCAUCACCGUUAUUCGAUCCAGCCAAAGGUUCGAAGCAGGAACGUCGCGACAGGAAACGAAAAAUUAACGUUGCAGCUUUAUUCGGGAAAAGGACGGCGCGUGCUGGAAGCCAAGAAGACAAAAAUAACGCUAGUUCCACGGAUUUGAGUGUUGACGAUAAUGCAACGAUUGAAUCUUGGAUACCAAAAUGGGAAAAUGGAAAACCAGUCGGAAAAGAUUCGUGUAUUGAAACUAGUGAUGGUACAAAAAAAUCGGUAAUCGUUCCCGAUCCGCGUUUACCAUCAAAUUGGGUUAAACAUCUUGCUCAAAGGCUUCAUGGGGCUUCAGCUGGAAAAUGGGAUACAGUAAUCUUAAAGUAAGUAAAAGA